AUGUCGAGUUCAGGGAAUAACCCUUCAAGUUCUGUAAUUAAAUCGGCUGAAGUGCCUACAGAUGGUACAGCAGAACACGAUUUUGAUCCAAAUUCUCUCUCUAAUGGGCAAAUGUCAAUAUCUUCAUUUUCUUCAAUAAAAGAUGGCGUCCAAGAUUGUAUUAUUACAUCAAUCAAUUCUGUUCUGGACCAAUCAACUGAAUAUAAUGCAUCCGAAGUUACGACAUGGGUGGAUUCGAUUACAAGUCAAUGUUUAGAGAAUUUACGUAAAUUGAGUGAAAAAUUUAAGUAUAUUGUGAGUGUUAUCGUUUUACAGAGAAGCCCUGCAGGAUUCCAUUUAUUCACAACAUGUUACUGGGACCAGGCAAAUGAUGGAAGUGUUACCCAUCGUUGGGAUAACAAAAACUUGCAUUGUGUUGUAGUUGUAUAUGGAGUUGCAUAUUGA